CGAGACAGCGGGGAUGGUGUCGGUGAGGGCGGUGUAUGAGAUUGCGCAGGUGAAGGCCGAGGAUGAUUGCUUCAAAAUGAGGAACACCUCCCUACAGACGGUCGUCAAGCGCAUCAUCGGCUCGGCUCGUUCGCUGGGCAUCCAGAUCGUCAACGACCUCUCAGCUGAUGAGUACAAACUCUUCUUGGAGCAGAGGGAGGAGAAGUUGAAGGCGGACGCAGCAGCAGCCGCCGCCGAUGCAGUUGCGCUGGGCAAGAAGAAAUAAAGACCUGCGCCAUUUUUAACAUGGCCCUCCCCCAUUCCUAUUUGCAUUGACUCUAUUUGUGCAUUCAUACAAAAACACUGUUCAUGUUGUGUGUCUGAAUAAACAGUACGUUGUUA